GUCGUUUUGGUCGCCUCGUCAUAUGUCACAUGGACAUACCAGACACACACCUUCUCCAACUCGCUCGAGACCCUUCUUGUGCUCUGGGGUCUGGUGCUCAUCCAACGGAUUGUUGAGAGCGAGGUGUGCAUGACCCUCUCAUAAUGAGAUGAACCCGUCUCGUUCGGCUAACCGUGUCUGCUCGCAGCGACACUCUUCCUUCUUCGCCUCUGGCGUACUGUCAUUUGUUGCCGUCACCGGUGUCUUUAACCGCAUCACAUUUCCGGCCUUUCUUUUGGUCCCUGGCUUGCAGCUGCUUCCUCAUUUCUGGCGCAGGCCAGUGUCCUUCUUUUCAUUCGUUGGUUUUGGAAUUGUUUUCGCUUCCAUCGCUGUCCUAGUCGACACCACCUUCUACAACCCGUCGGCCUCGUUGGCGGAGGUGUUUCGUGCACCAAUCAUCACCCCCCUGAACAACCUUCUGUAUAACUCUAAUACUUCUAAUCUGGCCCUUCACGGCAUCCACCCUCGCUACCAGCAUGUUCUUGCCAACCUCCCCCAACUCCUCGGGCCGGCAUAUGUCUUGAUUGUUCUGGCGCUUUUCAGUCGAUCGAACCUUACGUCGUGGCUGCGGAACAUAGGGUUUGUUUCCGCCGUCUCCGCGACUGCCAUGCUGUCUAUAUUCCCGCAUCAAGAGCCCCGGUUCUUGAUUCCCUGCGUGCCCCUUUUCCUGAGCUGCAUCCGCAUCCGCCGAUCCCGCAUCGUGCUUAUUUCUUGGGUGGUGUUUAACGCCGCUUUCGGUUUCCUCAUGGGCGUGUACCACCAAGGCGGCGUUGUGCCCACACAGCUCGCCAUGCCUUCCGUCGUCGCCGCCAGAGCGACAAGUCUUCAAACUCAGUUACCAGCCGACACAGCGGUGACAGCGACGGUGUUUUGGUGGAAGACCUAUUCCCCUCCUCUCUGGUUACUCGGAGAUAACCAAUACCCAUUGCCUCUGGACAUUCAAACCCGAGAUCUCAUGGGGAUCUCCGGCGCGGAGAUGAUCCAGGAGCUGGACAAGGCCGUCCCAGCCUGUACAGCAGAGGGCUCUGUCACUCCUCCUACGCAGUUGGUGUUUCUGGUUGCUCCACACUCAAAUACCUUCCUCGAUCUGUAUACUGCCUCCUCGCCCUCUGACUUGGAUUCUGGAGGAACCCCAGCAGCGCCCUUUGAACUGGAUGCUGUAUGGUCAUAUAGGAAUCACAUCAAUCUGGACGACCUGGACUUUGGAUCUGAUGGGGUCAUCGCCACCAUCACCAGGGUGGUCGGAAGACGCGGACUAGACGUUUGGGCUGUGCAGAGAUCGGGGUGUGAUUAGCACAAACAUGGAUAUCUUCGGAUGUAGAUUUCAGGUUACUUGGGUAUAUAAUGGUUACUUUUAUAGUUAUAGAUAUGUCGAUUACGUAUUCAAAAGCUGUAAUUGAGUUGGAAGCUCUGCUAAGUGUAUAGAUGAGAUAGAACAGUUGAACAAACCGCAAUAAAUCGAUACACAGAAAUAAGAUCGUUUUGAAGAGAGAAAAAAAGCACAAGCAGGGAAAGGUUGCAACUAUGAGGAUAUCUUCAUUCAUCAAUUUGAAAAAAGCUGUGCCACAGCAAUACAUCAUGAGUUUCCACCAAUUGAACUACCAAUCAUAAUCGAUUGUGAACGUGGAAUGACAUCUCCUUUCCAAUCACUGUUCGUCAUUUUCAUCCGGCUGUUCGAACAGAAAGUUGGC